CUCUAGUCACAGAGGCUGAGAAUCCAUCUCACUCCCAGCUUCAUCCAACAGCGGCAUGGGUGUGGAAACCAAGUGAGAGGGUGCAGAAGGAGGGGGGGAGUGUACAGUACAGGGGUGGAAGGGAUGUUCCAAGUGCUGUACCUGCCCUGCAGGUGUGCUUACAGUUCUCUGGAAUGUCAGAAACAGCAGUGCAAGGUCUGAGUCACGCACAGAAAUCCAUAAAACUCCUUUUAUUCGCUCCUUGCCUGUGCAUUCUCCCAGGAGGGGUGGGAGAGACCUGUUCUCUUGCAGAUCUGGGACUGAGGGGGAUACCACCAGCGGGGACGGAUUUUCCCAAGCAGCCAAGUGGGAUUCAGUGUUGAUCAGUAGAUUCUCCGCUUCUGCCUGGGAUUGGAGAAGAAGGGCGCUUAAGCAUAUCCUUUGGACUUUGAAUCUAAAUAUCAGGAAACCCGCAUUCGGUGUCUUAUCUACCCGCUCUGCUUUACUCAAAAGAAGUCUGUUUAAUUGGGAGCCAAACACAGCUAGCCAGACAUCAUUUACUCAGAACCUGAAAACGCAGAGCUCGGUUCAAAUUCCAAGGUGGGGAGAUGAUGAACCCUCGUGUUUUAGGGGGUCUCCUCCUGCUUGUCCUGCUCUUGGGUCUCCCAGCUUCCCAUUCUCAGAGCAACAAAUAUAACCCCUGCGUGGCCUCCAGAGCAACCAGUUGCUCGGCCUGUAUCCGGGCGUACAAGGACUGUUCCUACUGUGCAGAUGAGGGUUUCGCUAGUGUACGCUGUGAUCUAGCAGAGAAUCUGAGAAGAUAUGGCUGCAGCGAGAGAGGGAUUGUUUACAUGAGAAGUGAAGUCUUGACCCAGCAGAGCUAUGACAUUAACACUCUCGUCAGCAAAACCCAAGUGGCCCCCCAAAGGAUGUCCAUGCGUCUUCGUGCUGGGGAAGAAACCUCAUUUGACCUGAAUGUGUUUGAGCCGCUGGACACCCCUGUGGAUUUGUACAUUUUGAUGGACUUCUCUCAUUCCAUGUCAGAUGAUUUAGCCAACCUAAAAAAUAUGGGUCAGGAGUUAGCUAAUGUUGUAAGCACUCUCUCCAAGAAUUACACCAUUGGAUUUGGAAAAUUUGUGGACAAAGUGACUGUACCACAGACUGACAUGAGACCUGAGAAACUGAAGCAACCCUGGUUGGACAGCACUCCUCCUUUCUCCUUCAAGAACGUUAUUCAACUGACAAGCGACGUGGGGAAAUUUCGGAAUGAAUUGAUGAAAGAGAAAAUCUCUGGAAACCUUGAUCCUCCAGAGGGGGGGUUUGAUGCCAUUCUUCAGACUGCUGUGUGCACGAAUCAAAUUGGCUGGAGAAAAGGAAGUACUCAUCUGUUGGUCUUCUCUACUGAGUCAGCAUUCCAUUAUGAAGCUGAUGGGAUGAACGUACUUGAUGGGAUACUGAAGCGAAAUGAUGAGCAGUGCCACUUGGAUGCCUCUGGUUACUACACACACGACAUCGUCCAGGACUAUCCAUCUGUGCCCACACUUGUUCGACUGUUAGCAAAGAACAACAUCAUCCCUAUCUUUGCCGUCACCAACUACUCCUACAGUUACUAUGAUAAGCUGAGCAAGUAUUUCAAAGUAUCUGAGAUUGGAGAAUUGAAAGAAGAUUCCUCCAACAUUGUGGAGCUCUUGCAGGAGGCCUUUACGCAAAUUCGUUCCAGGAUGGAUAUCCGAGAUGAUAACACCCCACGUGCAAUGGAUGUCUCAGUCACUUCUGAGACAGCUAAAGUUACAGAAACAGGAUCGUUUCAAGUCACCCGGGGAGAAGUGGGUACCUUCAAAGUGAAGGUCAAGGCUUUAGAACGGUUGGGCAACCAGCAUGUGUGUGAACUACCACCACAAGACCAAGGGAGCCAAAUUCUCCUCAAACCUUCCACCUUUACUGAUGGCCUUAAGAUUGAUGCUUCUCUGAUCUGUGACAGCUGUCCUUGUGAAUUGCAAAAGGAGUUGAGUUCCCCCAAGUGCAGCUUUAAUGGCGACUUUGUGUGCGGACGCUGUGAGUGCAGGGAGCGCUGGAGGGGAGUAUAUUGUAACUGCUCCAGCACAGACACCAAAAGCACCCAAUCGUGUAUAUCACCAGGCAGUACAGAGAUUUGCUCCGGCAGGGGUGAAUGCCUAUGCGGCACCUGUCAGUGUCACUCGGAGUCCCCCACUCAACAGUACCAGGGGGAGUUCUGCCAGUUCAAUAACUUCCAGUGCCCACGUUUUCUUGGAUACAUGUGCAAUGACAGAGGGCGCUGUCACAUGGGAGCCUGUGUGUGUGAUGCUGGCUGGGAAGGAGAGAGUUGUCAGUGUCCUACCAGCAACCAAACCUGCCUUGAUAGGAAUGGGGGUCUGUGCAGUAGCCGUGGGAAGUGCGUGUGUGGGCGCUGCCAGUGUGAUAACGUGUCACAGUAUACAGACGCCACGUGUGAAUUCUCCUAUUCACUGCGCCAACUGGGUGUGUGCGAAGACCUGCGGACGUGUGUGCAGUGCCAGGCCUGGGGAACUGGAGAGAAAAAGGGCACACAAUGUGAAGCUUGUGAAAUUAAGAUUAAAAUGGUGGAUGAGCUGAAGAAAGUGGAUGAAAGAAGUGAAAACUGUACUUUCCGGGAUGAAACAGAUGACUGUACAUAUGAGUACUCAGUAGACCCUCACGCAGUGCAAGGAAACUACACUGUGCUGGUCAAGAACAAAAAAGAAUGUCCUCCUGGAGCCUUCCUCUGGCUUAUCCCUCUACUCAUCUUUCUGAUGCUUCUCCUUGGGCUCUUGUUGCUCCUGUGCUGGAAAUACUGUGCCUGUUGCAAGGCUUGCUUGGCAAUGCUUCCCUGCUGUGGACCAGGACGGACAGUGGGAUUUAAAGAAGACCACUACAUGUUAAGGCAAAGCCUGAUGUCAUCUGAUUACCUGAAUACCCCACUGGUGCGUUCUGGGAGCCUCAAGGGCGGGGACACUGUAAGAUGGAAGAUCGACAACAACGUGCACCGCCAACCACCCGCCCCUGGAACACUGAACCCCAAGGAGCUUGUCCCAUAUGGCGUCUCACUGCGUCUGGCCCGGCUGUUCACUGAGAACCUGUCCAAGCCUCAAUCCCGUGAGUGUACCCAGCUGCGUCAGGAGGUGGAAGAUUCGUUAAAUGAGGUGUACAAGGUGAUACCUGGAACCCACAAGGUGAAACAGACAGCUUUCAGGCUUCAGUCCAAUGCAGGAAAAAGACAGGAUCACACUAUUGCAGAAACCAUCCUGAUGGCUCCCCGGGAGGCUGAACCUGAGAUUGUAAAGGUUACAGAGAAACAUGUAACACAAGAGGCUUUCCAGGAUAUGAAGGUUGCCCCAGGUUACUAUACAGUGACGUCAGACAGAGAUGCCCAUGGACUUGUAGAGUUCCAGGAGGGAGUUGAAUUGGUGGAUGUCCGGGUUCCUCUCUUCAUCAGGGAAGAGGAUGAUGAUGAGAAGCAGUUGUUAGUGGAAGCUCUGGACGUUCCAUCAGGAAUUGCCCGUUUGGGGCGGAAACUGGUCAAUAUUACUAUUAUCAAAGAGCAAGCCAAGAGCAUAGUGACGUUUGUGAAACCUGCCUACACCUACAGCCGACAGGAACAGGUUGCCCGUGUCCCAGUUUCUCGUGAGAUCAUCCAGAAUGGAAAGACACAAGUUACAUAUCGUUCCAAGGACCUGACUGCUAGGGAGGGAAAGGACUAUACAUUCUCAGAGGGGGAGCUCACCUUCCAGCCAGAUGACACUCAAUCAGAGAUUCUAGUGCCUAUACUCGGUCGUUCAGAAGUUGACACUCUGCUGGGAAAUAAACAAGUCAAACAGUUCCUUCUAGAACUCAGUAAUCCUAAGUAUGGGGCCAAGAUUGGCAAAUACCCACAAUGCACCAUCACUAUUGAUGACACUGCAGAUGUUAUACAAAAGACAAUGACAGUCCAGUCUGUUCAGUCCCCCCGUGGGAAGGUAGGUGCUCCUAUCAACCUGAAUGCCCAGGCCCUCAGCGCCAGGAAAAUCCGACUCAACUGGAUGCCGCCUCCUGGAAAACCCACAGGUUACAAGGUGCGUUACUGGAUUCAAGGAGAUUCCGAGUCAGAUGCGACUGUGGUGGAUACAAAUGUGCCCUCUGCAGAGCUGGUCAAUCUGUACCCCUACUGUGACUACGAGAUGCGGGUAUGCGCAUACAAUGCUCAAGAGGAGGGUCCCUUCACUGACAUAGUCACCUGCCAGACCUUGGAGGAAGCACCCAGUGAACCCGGCCGCCUCGCCUUUAACGUCAUUUCAAGCACAGUGACGCAGCUGAGUUGGGCAGAGCCAGCUGAAACCAAUGGUGAAAUCACAGCGUAUGAGGUCACCUACGGAAUGGUCAACGAGGACAACAAACCCAUUGGGCCCACGAAGAAAGUCCUGAUUAAUGAUUCAAAGAAGCGCAUGGUUCUAAUUGAAAACCUACGAGAAUCCCAGCCAUACCGAUACACUGUGAGAGCCUGCAACAAAGCUGGGUGGGGGCCAGAGAGAGAUGCCACCAUGAACCUAGCUACCCAACCCACCCGCCCAAUGUCUAUUCCCAUUAUCCCUGAUGCUCCCAUUAUUGAUGCUGAAGCUGGGGAAGAAUAUGACAGUUACCUGAUGUACAGCACCGAUGUCCUGCGCUCUCCAGUUGGCAGCAAGAGACCCAGUGUGUCCGACGAGUCAGGCCAGCGCUGGAAGUAUGUCCCUCUCCUGGGCUCGGAGAUGGACCUGCGGCGGGUCACCUGGAAGCUACCCGUAGAGGUCAUACCACGCCUGUCCGUCAGCAGCGGCCUGUCCACUGACAACGAGAGCUUGCUGGACCAGCCUUUGACUACCAGCUCACUGACGAGGAAAGGGACCAUGCGAGCAACCCCAGAAGAGCAAUUAAUUAACGGACGCACAGAAUUCUCCUUCUCGGGCGGCAGUCUCAACCGUUCCAUGGUAUCAGGGUACCAGCAACUCAGCCCGCACGUGCAAAAUGAAAGCUACAGGUUUGGUAGCAGCAGUUCCCAGCAUACAUCCACAACGGUCAUAUCAGGGCAAGGCUCAUCAGGGCAGAACAGACUGGGGCUCCCCCCAUUGGUGUUAGGAGGAGGAAGGGGACGAACCCACUCAGAGGAUGUGAGGGAUGCUCUGACAAGCUUGGAUGUGGCCAUACAGGAUACACGUCUCUCCCCGGGAAUCCCGGAUACCCCUACCCGUCUGGUAUUCUCAGCUCUGGGACCCACCUCCCUAAAGGUCAGUUGGCAGGAGCCGCAAUGCGAAAGAGAAGUUCUGGGAUACAAAGUGCAUUAUCAACUACUGCAUGGAGGUGAAUUAAGGACCAUCGACAUUACAAACCCACGGGAGAACUCAGUAGUGGUGGAAGACUUGCUUCCUAACCACUCGUACAUGUUCCGUGUGAAGGCACAAAGCGUUGAGGGCUGGGGGCCCGAAAGAGAAGGCGUUAUCACUAUCGAAUCACAGGUGGAUCCUCAGAGUCCACUCAGCCCUGUUCCAGGGUCUCCAUUCACCCUAAGCACCCCCAGUGCUCCUGGACCACUGGUUUUCACAGCUCUGGCCCCUGACUCCCUGCAGUUAAGUUGGGUGAGACCCCGAAAGCCUAAUGGAACAAUUCUGGGGUACAUGAUCACUUGCGAGAUGUUGCAUGGAGGAGGGGAACCACGAACGAUCUAUGUUGAAGGUGACAAACCCGAGACUUCCCUGACGGUUCCUUUCCUAAAUGAAAAUCUGCCCUAUAAAUUUAAGGUCCAGGCGAAAACCACACAGGGUUUUGGACCAGAACGGGAAGGGAUAAUUACUAUUGAAUCUCAAGAUGGAGGAAACUUUUCUCAGUUUGGAACACAACAGAUCACACGCCGAGAGGUGUUCAAUAUGCCAGGAGAAUAUACUCAAAGCAGCAUCACUCAAUCCAACAUAACAGAACCCUUCUUUUCAGAUGGAAUGAGUGUCACCACCCGCCGUAUCGAGGGCUCCAACACAGUCACACAACAGGUCACCAAAGAAUUUGUCACACGGACCAUGAUGUCUGGCGGCUCCCUCAACAGGCAAGUGGAGCGCCAGUUUUACGACGCAUGAGAGAGGAAAACUAAUCUGGACACUGGCUUAUCACUCGCACUUUGUCACCAAAGCCACCUUAACCCUUUCCCUCUUGCCGAAGUCUGAACUGAGCAUCUGCUCCCAUGACCCUGAAAUCGGGGUGAAAUAUUCAAUAAGAGAUGGAGCACCGAGAUGGGUGGUCAAACUUCCAUCUCCCCAUCUGUUGAGAACUGCAGCUUCCAGCGUCCUCAUCCAGGCUUUGGCUAACUGGAGUUGUUGGAAAUUAUAGAUUUUGACAUAUCUAAUUUAAACCACUUCCAUCGCCAAUUCCCAGCACUUCAUGCAAUAAAGCCAAACAAUGCAUAGGCAGCUUAUUGCUCUUAUAAAACUACAACUCCAAUAAUGCUUUACAUGUGGGUGCCUAAGAAUGAUGGGAGCUUUACCGUAAACAGGCCAUUUUUCACAGAAUUACCAAAUGCCUGACUCUAGUAAUGCUACAUGAAAAACUUAGCUUCUUGGGGCAUGGGAAUUGUUAAUAUCCAAACACAACGCAUGCUUUAAAAACCAAAUCCUAUUUAAAAUACUAUUUUUUUUGCUAUGUAAAUAAUAACUUGCCAUUUUUUAUACUGCAGUUUAUGAAAAGGUGGAAUAUUUUACUUUGUAAAGGAAGAGGGCACUGGAGUUGCCACAAGAGAAUUAUCCUAACUAAAGGAAUGGUUAAAACAGGCAGAAACCUUGGUAUGGUAGGGUGCAGCUGGUGGCAAUACCUUGCUUUUUCACCAUGGACCAGCACUAUAAUGAAUAUUGAACAGAAGUUUGCACCUUUCUCAAUGAUAGCUCUGCCAAUGAGCUCUCCGAUUCUGGCUCUAGGCCACACCCAACCAAUUCAAUAUUGAUGCCACCUAUGUCAAUCUGAGGAAAAGUACCUUUCACUUAUUUAGACCUGCAAAGAGGUGGUCUACUUUAAUUCAAUGUUAAACUAAGUCCCCGAAUGACCAGACAAAGAGAGCACCUCUACCUGCCAUUGAUGACAACCAGAAAAUACUUCUAAUGCAGGUUUAUCAGAGUUUAUUGUUAUUGUUUAUUGUUAAAGGUCAGGGUCAGCACUAAAGGAACUACUAUGGAGGGGGAUUAGGUAAGUCAGUUGGUCUUCCUUUCAUGGAAUAAGGAUGUAGAUGUGUGCAGGCAGAGAAGAUAAUAAGGAGGAGGGUACAGGAAAGACAGAAUGGAAAAAGGAACGGUUUGGAUGAAGAAGAGAGAAAAAAAGAGAGAAGACUGGGGACAGAGAAUGUGAGAAAAUAUGUAAACGAGUGUGAAAAGAGCAGAGAUACAGAGGUUGCAACUGCAAAGUGGACCCAAUGCCUGAGGGGAACAAUUAUUAGUACAAUUAAUCAGACCACACUUGUAAGGAGGCAAGGAGUGUAUAUGGAAUUAGUAAAUUAUUAAGCAAUAAGGGGGCACUGGUCCACAGGACCUCUAGCUAUACACCUAGCAUAAGCUGUGUUACUCUACUCUGACUAGGAUAUAUAAAGUAAUUCAUACAGGGAAAGAGGGCAAAGUGCCAGAAUAAGAGGUUAUUCAUUUUAUGGGAAAAUAGAGGGAAUACAUUUUUGGAACGGUGGAUGCUGGGUAAAGGCUCUCUGAAGAGAAUCCUUUAAAUAUGGUGUUAUUCUAGCCAGCACCUAUAAAAUAUUCUAUAAUCCUUGUAGAUACAGUUUCAGCAUUCAAACAUUAUAAGGAAGACUGUAGCACAGUUAUGGGUAACCAGCAGUGCCCUAGAUGUUGUUGUUAAAUGUUCUAGCAAAACAGACCUAAAAGGAUUAGUGAAUUGGUAUUUAAAAAGACAUGGUCAUCUCAGCUUCCUCCAGAUGCAGCUCUAUUAAUCCAGAAACAUGUCCUACGUAUAUUGUUGCAGUGUGUUUUGGGAGAACAGGAUAACUAAAAACUUUGUUUUUAUUGUUAAUAAAGUAAUUACCAAGUAAAUGUGCAUUGACAUCACAGACUGAAAGAAACCUUACACUGUACAGAGAUUAAAAUAGAAGAACCGUUUAUUUUACUUGGAAUGGGCGGCUCAUUCCUUGGCCUCUCUCCUGUUUACUCUGUCAUUAUACCAGAACCGGCAGAAGGUUUGGUAAUGUAGAAUGUAGGGGAGCCUCUGUAUUUUGCCUGCAAGCAGAAACAAAAGGGGAUGUUUAUUAAUGAUACAACCAGUGGAGGAAGAAGACUGCCCAAUACAUAAUAAGCAGCAUUUAGUAUUUUCUUUAAAUUUACAAAUGCAUUUCUAAGUGUCAAGGGCUUUCUGCUUUGUUUACGAAAUGUUUUAUGUAAACCUACAGGUUUAACUUUUUGUUUUAUGACAAUAAACUGGAUUUUCUUACAAAUU